AACGAGGUUCGAUUCUUAGGCUUUCCAAUCUGCUCGUGGUUCAAUCGCCUUUGUUUUUAUUCAAAUCGAACAAGUUCUCAACCAAUUCGAAGUUCAAUUGAUUAAAAAUAAUAUUUAGUAUUAAUUAAUAAGAAACAGUUCAAACUUUAGAGUAAAUUAUGAAGUUCCUUUCGACAAUCUUGACUUUUUUCCUUGUUAUUUUGGUUAGAGCUGAAAGAGAAACGGAUCAACCGGUCUUGAACCUACAAAAAGAAGAGUUAACCACAUCAGCACCGUCAAUUCCAUGUCAUUUUGAAGGGGAAUUAGCAGCUAUAAGUGAAAAUGGAUCGAAACAACGUCCAUUGAACAGAAAUUUUCAGUGUGGUGUUCGACCGCAUAUGCGAAUGAGAAGAAUCGUUGGUGGAAAGGAUUCCACGUUUGGUGCAUGGCCAUGGCAGGUUUUAAUUCGUGAGCUAACGCCAAAUUGUUCAGUAACUCAAUACAAAUACGGCGGAGUGUUGAUCUCAGACAGCUACGUCUUAACUGUAGCACACUGGAGACCAGAACCAAAUGGAGUAUUGGUCGCAGUAUUCGGAGAGUAUGACCUUUCUAAAGAUUUAGAGCCAAAAAAAUCAGUUACAAUAAAAGUGAAAGAAAUUAUAUACCAUCCUGAAUUCAAUAACCGUACAUUCGACAACGAUUUGGCGCUAUUGAAAUUGGAGAGACCGAUUCAGUAUGAUACACACAUUGUUCCGAUUUGUUUGCCAGUCCACGGUGCGGAUUUCACAGAUCGCAUUGCAACAGUCAGUGGAUGGGGACGAUUGAGAUAUGGUGGUCGUUUUCCAACUGUUCUACAAGAAGUUGAUGUACCAAUAAUUGAAAAUAGCAAAUGCCAGGAAAUGAUUCAUAAACUCGGUUAUACCAAGAUGAUAUUGCCGUCAACAUUGUGCGCAGGAUAUGAUGAAGGUGAAAAAGAUUCAUGUGAAGGUGAUUCUGGGGGACCCUUGGUUGUACAAAGACCAGAUAAACGAUGGGAGCUUGCCGGCACUGUAUCAAGUGGUAUAAAAUGUGCAGCACGAUUUCUGCCUGGUAUUUAUAUGCGUACGUCGUAUCAUCGAUUUUGGAUCGAGAGUAUUAUUGGAGUUGCGAAUGACGAAAAAAAUUACAUGAGCACUGGAAGAAGGAUAUAAAUACAUGUACAAAGAAGAUUUCUCAGUAGACUGUAUUUUUUACAGUAUUUUCUUACAAACUGUCUCCACUCGUAUUUACGCAUUCUGCUCCAAGUUUUGUGAUAGCAACUGGAAGGCGCGCAAAGUUCGAUUUGAUGAACGCCAUUUCGGCUUUGAUGGUUUUGCUUUUCGCUGCUGUUUUAUCUUCGAGAACGUAUUUUGCAUCAUCU